CCGGGAACCUCCUCAGCCGGGACUCCCGCCGGCCCGUUCGGCCACUGCUCCUUUGCUUUACAUGUUCCCGCCCCUAGUAGGCGGGGCCGGACGGGAGGGCGCGCAGCCCGGCGGCGCGGCCAUGUCGGAGCGGGAGGAACGGCGGUUCGUGGAGCUGCCGCGGGAGUCGGUGCGGUUGAUGGCGGAGAGCACCGGGUUGGAACUCAGCGAUGAGGUAGCAGCGUUGUUGGCCGAGGACGUCUGCUACCGGCUGCGGGAAGCCACGCAGAACAGCUCCCAGUUCAUGAAACACACACGGCGACGCAAACUCACCGUGGAAGACUUCAACCGGGCGCUGCGCUGGAGCAAUGUUGAGGCGGUGUGUGGAUAUGGCUCCCAGGACGCGCUGCCAUUCCGGGCCAUCAAGGAGGGUGAGCUGUACUUCCAGGAGGACCGGGAGGUCAACCUGGUGGAUCUGGCCCUGGCCACCAACAUCCCCAAGGGCUGCGCUGAGACGGCCGUGCGAGUCCAUGUCUCCUACCUGGAUGGAAAAGGCAACCUGGAACCACAGGGAGCUGUGCCCAGCGCCGUCUCCACGCUGACCGACGACCUGCUCAAGUACUACCAGCACGUCACCCGGGCGGUGUUGGGCGACGACCCUCAGCUGAUGAAGGUAGCCCUGCAGGACCUGCAGACCAAUUCCAAGAUUGCCGCUCUCCUGCCCUACUUCGUCUACGUGGUCAGCGGGGUGAAAUCAGUGAGUCACGACCUGGAGCAGCUGAACCGGCUGUUACACAUCGCCCGCAGCCUGAUCCAGAACCCCUUCCUCUGCUUGGGCUCCUACGUCCGCAGCCUGAUCGCCCGCGUCAUGUACUGCGCGCUGGAGCCGCUGGCCGCCUCAUCAACCCCCCUCAACGACCACUGGACCCUGCGCGACUACGCCGCCAUGCUGCUCAGCCGCAUCUUCUGGACCCACGGCGACCUGGUGAGCGGCCUCUACCAUCAAAUCCUGCUCUCGCUCCAGAAAGUGCUAGCCGAUCCCGUGCGUCCCCUCUGCUCUCACUACGGCGCGGUGGUGGGGCUGCACGCCCUGGGCUGGAAGGUGAGGGAGAAGCGGGCCAUGCCGUCCCACCGUAGCCCCCGACCGCUCCGCGCUGCUGCCUCCCUGUCCGUCUGUCUGUCUGUCUUCUCCGCAGGCG